UAACCUACUCCCCCCCACCCCCCACCCCGCGACGCCGCUAUUCGGACCUACGUGCUUGCAGGGUAGGCUCGUCGGCUCUCGUCUCGCGCGCGCGCGGCACCGGCACGUACGUACGUACGCACGCACGCGAUGGCGUCUAGCAGCACCGUGGUGCCGGAGCUGGAGGAGGAGGAGGCCGCGGCGGCGGCGCUGGGCCGCGUGUACGGUGGCGGCGCCGAGGAGGUGCGUGAGGUGGAGGGCUACGUGCGCGCCGACGAGGUGGACCUCCAGAUCCUGGACCUGGAGAUCGAGGGCAGGGUGAUGGCCGACAGGUUCCGCCGGCUCAACAGCGGCGGCGGAGGCUGGGAGCACGACGGCGACGGCGGCGACAGGCCCAAGGCGGCGUGGGAGAUAGACCUCUCCAAGCUGGAGAUCGACCACGUCGUGGAGCACGGCGACCACGGCACGCUCUUCCGCGGGAAGUACUACGGCCAGGACGUCGCAGUAAAACUGUUGGAUUGGGGCGCAGAUGGCUAUUCAUCGGAAGCCCAAAUAGCUCAUUUUAGAACAUCACUCAAGGAAGUAGUUACUGUUUGGCAUGAGCUCGACCACCCGAAUAUCACAAAGUUCAUCGGUGCAUCAAUGGGCACAUCAAAUCUUAAUAUCCCAGAAAACAUUCCAGACCACAGUUCCAAAAAGGGUGCACGCACUGCUCUGCCUGAGAGAGCUUGCUGUGUUGUGGUAGAAUAUCUCACUGGUGGUACAUUGAAACAACACCUCAUAAAGCAGUUUAGGAAAAAUAAGAAACUUCCAUACAGAGAAGUGGUUCGGCUUGCAUUGGAUUUGGCCAAAGGGCUGAGCUUCCUGCACUCAAAAAAGAUUUUGCAUCGCGAUGUCAAAACUGACAACAUGUUGCUCGACCCACAGCUGAACCUUAAGAUUGCUGAUUUUGGUGUUGCUCGUGUCGUUGAGGCUCAGGAUCCCAAGGAUCUGACAGGCACGACUGGAACACUUGGUUACAUGGCCCCAGAGGUGCUUGCUGGAAAGCCAUACAACAGAAAGUGCGAUGUUUACAGCUUCGGCAUCUGCUUAUGGGAAAUCUACUGUUGUGACAUGCCCUAUGGACCCCACGCAGACCUCAGCUUUGCAGACCUCUCAUCUGCUGUUGUCCAUCAGAAUCUGCGGCCGGAGAUGCCGAAACGCUGCCCGAGCGCAAUGGCGAGCAUCAUGACGAAAUGCUGGGACGCCAACCCGGACGUCCGGCCGGAGAUGGAGGAGGUGGUGCGGCUCCUGGAGGACCUGGACACUACCAAGGGCGGCGGCGGCAUGGCGCCGGACGGGACGAGGCUCGGGUGCUUCUGCUUCUUCAGACCCCGUGGCGCAUAGGAUCCACUGUUCAAAUCUUGUGUUAUUCUUUCUUGCAGUGUGCACUAUCCUUAAUUAGGCAGCUAACCGCUAUUGUGUUUUGGAUCCUGUAUUCCUGUUACCAACAAAAGCAGCAAUCUUUAGGAGAUUGUCUUUAUUUUUCUUUUUUCUUUUUUUCCUAGGUGGAAGAGAUUAUUUGUUACAGCUCCUUUGCUUUGAGAUAUUUGCAUCGAAGCAAGGAUUUGAUAAGUUGCUCUUUUUUUUUAAAAAAAAAACCUUUUACCGUCAGCUAGACUGGUAACAUACUAGUAUCUCUAGAUGCUAUUACUAAAAUUUUACGC